AGACAUGGAAGAGAGUGCAGGGGUUGUGGUUCUGCAGGAGAAGACAGGACAAGGCGUGCUGGCAGAAAACAAAGAUGUUGGUCUGACAUGUCACUGUCAGCACCAUGCACCCAAGGGACAUGGAGCAAUGGCCGUCCCCCCAACUUACUCAGACCUGGGCAAAUCUGCCAAAGACAUCUUCAACAAGGGCUUCAGUUAUGGAGUUCUGAAGCUGGACGUCAAGACCAAGUCUCAGAGUGGUGUAGAGUUUGCUACCUCUGGCACCAGCAACACCGACACGGGGAAGUCAGGCGGCCACCUGGAGACCAAGUACAAACUGAGUGACCUGGGCCUCACUUUCAACCAGAAAUGGAACACAGACAACACACUCACCACAGAAAUCACCAUGGAAGACCAGCUGGCUAAAGGCUUGAAGCUCGGACUGGACACAUCGUUUGUGCCAAACACUGGUAAGAAGAGUGCCAAGCUGAAGACUGGAUACAAGCGGGACUUUAUAAAUGUGGGUUGUGACCUGGACUUCGACAUGGCCGGUCCCACGGUCCAUGCAGCUGCUGUUCUGGGCUACGAAGGCUGGCUCGCAGGUUAUCAGCUGGCUUUCGACACCGCCAAGUCAAAACUGACUCAAAACAACUUUGCUUUUGGAUACAAGGCUGGCGACUUCCAGCUUCACACCAGCGUGAAUGAUGCUACAGAGUUUGGGGGCUCCGUUUACCAGAAGGUGAACAGUAACUUGGAGACAGCCAUCCACCUGGCCUGGACUGCAGGAAGCAACAACACACGCUUCGGUAUCGGUGCCAAAUACCAGCUGGAUAAGAACUCCACCUUGUCGACGAAAAUUAACAACGCCUGCCUUGUUGGAGUUGGAUACACACAAACCCUCAGGCCAGGCGUGAAGGUCACCCUCUCAGCCCUGAUCGAUGGGAAAAACGUGAACGGCGGCGGACACAAAGUCGGCAUGGGUUUUGAGCUGGAGGCGUAAAGAUUACGUAGUAUAGACGCCGGGAAGCAACGCGGAGGAUGAAGCAACUCAAAUGUGAAAACACUGCAAUGGUUCACUCAGCGACACGUCAAACACACGUUCCCUCUGUACACACGCACACACGUUCUUUGGCCUUAACCCUGAAACCCCAACAGAGACCUCCAGUACUGUAGUAUUCACCUGAAUCAAGACUUAGUUUUGAAAUUGACAUCAUGUACAGCUCUCACCACAAACCUAUAAUCCUAUAUUAGCAGAAUACAAUAAUGUCUCUAAUACUGUGCUACUUUUAAACAGAUAAAGUGCACUUUUAAUGAAGUAUUUGUUUCACACAUCUCUGGGUUAAUUCAGAAAUGUUAUGAAGCACCUUCUAGUGUUGAGUGUUCGGUCAGUCAAGUUAAAACUGGAUUUUAGAUCUUGGUAGGAUUGUGAUGGGAUGCCUGUUGGGGAAUGUUGUGGUUUUGAUGCAUGCUUUCAAGGCUGAAGAGUUUAUAUUUUUCUGUAUUCAUUGUCAUUUUGAGACGGUGACUAAAAGGAUGCAAUAAAGGCUGGACAGGGUUUAUUAAAAUAAAACCUCAAUUACAAACUGUAAAACAAAUCAGUUGCCUAAAUGUUUAUUUUUCAGGACCUGUGGUCAUAAAAGAAGAAUCUGAUUGCAGUUAGGAUGUGCAUCACCUUGUCUUCUCGUGUUUUGUGGCCUGUGUUCAGCCUUUGUCACUACAUUUAAAAUCUGUGCUGUGUUUAGCAAACGUAGUCAACAGUUAGAACCUGAAAAUAAUUUUUAUUGAAUAAAAAAUGUC